AUGUACGCCGACACUCCUCGACGUUCGAGCCGUCGUCGUCCGGACCUUAACAUCGACACCUCUCCUCCCACCGGCCACUCCAGGUCGCCUGUCGCGUCGCGAGGUCGAAGUCGAGAACCAGCUCCUGCCGCCGUCCCCCAGACGCCGCCAAGCAACAGGAACAAGCUGCCGCCACCCACCUCGCUUUCCAAUCGCAAAGCCAGCUCGCGGGCGCUUAGAGGCCCCUCCCUCACUCGCAAUGCCGACGACUCUUUUCUAGACAACCCCGAUUCUCCCGAUAGCUUCGACAUGUCCGAGAACAAGGAGAACGACAACCCAGAUCUACCUCGACCGCGCGAUUCCCACGACCUGUCAUUGUCCCCGCGCAAUGUUACACGCGACUCUCUCAUGACGAACAUGCUCAUAUCCCUCGACCAAUUUUCCAUGGGAGGACCUGUUGGCGGCGAUUUCGGAAACGGAAGGUCCAUGUUUGGCGACCCGUCCCAACAUAACCCGUACGACACAGACGACAACAUGCCGAGACCAGUUCGCGGCGGCCGCUCAAACGGCCACGGCUACUCUUACAGCUCCGACUUCGACGCCGACGACGCGAGCAGGAUAUCAUCUCGUGGACGGAGAAGCAAUAGUAGCUCCAACUUCCAAAGCGGCCUGCAUCGCAUCAGCAGUAUGCGCGAGUCGAUGCGGAGCACACCUGGCACACCACGCCACAUGCAUUCCAGGGGCGGCAAGGGGAGCACCAAGAGCAGCAGCUCCAAUAGUAUAGAUGCUGGCUACGCUCAGGUUCUCAGUAGCACGAGGUGGGCGUCCGGCUUCGGUGGUAGAUCCUCGAGCUUCGACUACGGCCAUCGCCCACCCGCUGCCCUGCAGGCCACUCAGCAACAGCAGCAGCAGCAACAACAACAACAUUACCAGCCUCAGCCUCAACAACAGGGCCAAGCACCCUGGCACAUUGAAUUUUCAAAUACCUUUUUCAACGACGACUACGAUGCGGCCCCCACGCCGACAGUGCCUGGAGGGCCAAGACGCAUCGUGCCCCAGACACCCCCGACCGCCACAUACCCACGAUCGCCUGUAGCCGCUCCCGUGGCUGAUGACGAGCUGGAGCCGCCCGCCGUCAUUCUCGAACGCAAAUCGACGAAUCGGUCAGCCAAAAGCACGGCAACGAGCCGCAAGGCCGACCAUAAACCUAAUAACAAUCACGAGGAGGUGCCGCCAUUACCCGCAGCCGCGCCCGUUACCGAGCCCUCUCCCGUCCCCGCGCUCGACAUUGACUCGGCACCCGCGCCACAUGUGGGCUACGGCAAGACAAAAGAGGCCGUGCACGGAGCUCCGAUUCCGACACAUACACCGUCACAAACAAAAGAAAAACCGGGGUUUUUCAGGCGAGUGUUUGGUUCGUCCAGAAACAAUGCCUCUAAUAACCCGCCCGAGACUCAAAAUUCCUCGGGCGUAACGUCGUCAACAUCUGUGGAUACGGCCGAUCAGAGAUCAGGGAAUCGAUCCCUCCACGUUUCCAACCAGAUGAAGCCCUCCACCUCCGCCCCGCCCUCGAGGGACACAUCUUCGUCCCAUUCCCAUCAUCACGUGCUGCAGAAGAAACCGAGCUCUUUCUUCCGUCGCAGAAAGAAGUCUGUGUCCGCCGACGAAGUGCCUCCCGUGCCAGCUCCAGCUGCCCUCGAGCCGCCCAUGCCCCCUCUCGUCGCUCCGAUUCAGCUGCCCAUUACUAAGGACAAGCUUUCCGCGAAACCUGAGCCCAGCCCAAUCAGCAGCUUGCGAAGGGUCAUGAAUCCGUACCUUAAAGGCAGCCCUUUGACUCCAAACACGCCCAUCACUCCUCAAUCUGCUCCUGUACAAGCUACUGAUCUCGAAAUGGCUCCUGACCCGCACGAUGAGGGAUCAGCAGAGGAGCACCCCCGCUCUUUCUCCCCCGAGUACGACCCAAGUCCCAACGCACGUAUUCGACAGGUCAGGUCUCGCUCUCGUGGCGAGGACCGCUCUCCCUCCGAUCAUGAACGCCGCACCGAUACUCCAACUCGACCGCCGCCUGAGCCUCCCGUGUCCAACGAGAAGAGGAAUAACUCAUUCCUUGACAUCGAUGGCAGCGAUAACGAAGCCGAUACCGAGUCGAGACAACGCGGUAAGACAAGAAAAGAGAAGGGCCUCAGGCAAGACAAGCCGUCCAAGGAAUCCUCUCCCUCGAGAAGACCGUCCCAGAGAAGGGAUGACACCACUAUCAGAGGCAGGAAGACCAACCGUCUCACCGUCGACACGACGGAUUCUGAUGACGAGGGCAACAAAUCUGGACUGAUUCUGCCAAUCGAGGGCACUAGGUCUGCCAGCAGGACGUCAGGAUCUACCACUACCGAUUACAAGUCUGCCGCUAGUGCUGCCCCAAGCGUGAGAGUCGAGCCCGACAACAGCCCGAAGGUUCUGGGCACUUUCGAGUCGAUGAACGCAAAGCCUCUGGACGAGCCUGAGUUUGUCGUUGGAGACCCUACCGACGAUGAUCGCCAAAAGGCACAGAAAAUCUUUGAUGGUAACGAGGACUUCAUCCAGAAGGAGAAGGCCGCUGCAUGGAUGGGCGAGGAGGGCCCCAUCCGCCAGAGAACCCUGCGUGCAUACAUGGAUCUCUAUGAUUUUACCAACAAGAGCAUUCUGCAGAGUCUUCGUUUGAUCUGCGAGCGCCUGGUCUUCAGAGCAGAGACGCAGCAGGUAGAUCGUAUUUUGGUUGCGUUUUCCAAGCGUUGGUGUGAUUGCAACACCAAUCAUGGGUUCAAAGCAUCUGAUGUCAUUCACACAAUCUGCUAUUCGAUCAUGUUGCUCAACACUGAUUUGCACCUGGCUGACAUCGACCAAAAGAUGACACGGAGCCAGUUCGUCAAAAAUACCAUGACUACGAUCACUCAGGCGGUGGCCGAGUCAGCCCCCGAAGCUUUCGAACGGCCAACUAUUCUGCCCGGCAAGACCAACAGCUCUCUCGGAGGAGACGACUCCAGACCAUCCAUCGAGGAGAGGUUCGUUUCGCGCCGAUUGUCGUUCCGACCGCCGCCGAGAAACGAGGACGGAUCGUCAGAGUUCCACGACGAAUGCGGACCGCUGGUGAAAGCACCGUUCGAUGGCUCGAUGCGUGCCUGGGAGAGCCAGGUCGAGAUCGUGCUGAAGGACAUUUACACCUCGAUUCGUGACGAACGCCUGCCGCUCUUCGGUGCAGACCCGUCGAAGAACUUGACACCCACCACGAAUAGUCUGUCCGUCAUCGGUAUGUUGAAGCGAACGCCCAGCGUUCUGAGUAAGGCCCCGUCAGAAAGUCAGGCAUCUAUGCGAGGGCGCAUAGCUGAACAUGGUCGUGCCAAUUCUUCCAGAUGGAAUUCGAAGAGCAGGUCACGACCUCGUAUGGGCAAUCCGGGAUUCUCUUCGUCGAGAACGAGCUUCGAGGACGGAAAUUCGAUUUGGAGCCCUUCGGCUUCGUCGGCGACAUGGAGCAAGCUCUCGCUGGGCAGAACGCAAACCUCGAUGUCUGUGGAUUCGCUCGGGUCGUCAUUCAGAGGCGGAGACUAUCAACAGUCCAUCGGAUUUGCCAACGCCCUUAGCCAGGCCAUCAUCCGUGAUGAUGAGUCAGCUUUCGGAAAGGCCGCCUCGAUUAUGAGCGACGAACUGAAGAGCGCUCAGCUUCUCGAAGACGAGUCCCUCGAACUCGCCGGACCUCCGUGGGUAAAGGAGGGUAUCGUGAUUCACAAACACCAUCUGGACGGUAUUGACAAGAAAGCAAAGGAUAGGCACUGGAAUGAGGUGUUUGCCGUUGUUCAAAAGGGCCAGAUGAGCAUUUUCUCAUUCGGAACCGCCAAAUCCUCGGUGGGACGCAAAAGCCGCGGCCGCAACGCCAAGGGCCCUGCUGUCGUCGGAGGUGGCAACUGGCAAGAUAACGCUACUAACCUGGGCACCUUUAGCCUUCGACAGACUCUGGCAUCUGCCCUUCCGCCCCCAGGAUACUCCAGAGCUCGGCCUCACGUCUGGGCGCUGAGUCUCCCCAGUGGCGCUGUUCACCUUUUCCAGGUUGGUACACCCGAGAUCAGCAAGGAGUUCGUCACCACGGCCAACUAUUGGAGUGCUCGCCUGAGCACCCACCCAUUGGUUGGCGGUAUCAGCAACAUCGAAUAUGGAUGGAGCGACGCCAUAAUCAACAACGCUCUGGUCACGGCCAUCAACGAGCAGGCGACCGGCCAGUCACCAGGCCGCAACUCGCGACCCGGCAGUAGCACCGCCAACCCACGACCGAGCUUUUCGAGUGGUACGUUCCGCUCCGGCUCGAUCGAUCACGGCUCAGGCGGCGCCUACGGUGCUGGCAGAGGUGCGAAGCUGCCCGGAGACAGGAUCACCAUCUCCGAUUGGGCGCCACCGGCGCAGUCCAUGCGGCCCAGCAACCUCCCCGAGGAGGAGCAACUCGAAAGCCUUACGUCAUACGUCAAGGGCAUUGAAGACGAGCUGCAGACGCACAACCAGCUGCGCAGCCCGAUGCUUCUGGCCUUCACUCCUCGCGGCAACAAUGCCAACAAGGCCAUGGCCAACUGGGAACGCAAGAGCGCAUACCUCCUGCGGGAGAUUGUCAAGUUCCGCACCUACGUAGACUGCCUGCAGCAAGCCACGACCCGCAAGAACGAAAUCUAUUCGGAGAGAGACCUGGCUCGCAGAGCUGCCAGGGGAGAGCUGGAUGAGGGAGAGAUUGAGUUUGAUGUCCCACACGACGCGACCAUCCGGGCGUGA